AUGGGUGGUAUUGGCAAGACUACAGUUGCCAAGACUGUGUACAACCAAAUUUAUGCUAGUUUUGAAGCUGCAUCCUUUGUCUUUAAUGUCCGUGCUACUGCUGCAGAGGUCACAGGCCUUACAAAUUUGCAGAAAAAGAUUCUUGAAGAUUUAGCCAAAUAUGAUGGAAAAAUUGACUCUGUUGACAAGGGCAUAUCAUUGUUCAAAGACCGAUUGGGAGGAAAACGUGUGCUACUCAUUUUAGAUGAUGUGGAUUCUCUUGAUCAAUUGAAUGCUUUGGUUGGGGAUUGGCUGGCUCCUGGAAGCAGAGUUGUUAUCACUUCUAGAGACAAACAUAUUCUCAAUAUUGCAGAAUGCAUCGACAAGAUGACUGGAUUGGAGAUAAAUGAAGGUCUCCAAUUAUUUAGUUGGCAUGCUUUUCUCAGAGCUAGUCCAAGUCCCAGCUACAAAGAUCUCUCUGAAAAAAUAGUGGAAGCUUGUAAGGGGCAUCCUCUUUCACUGGAAGUGAUUGGAUCUUCGUUGUAUGAUAAGCAGAAUGACACGGGUUGUUGGACAGAUGCUCUUCGCAAUAUUACUCUCAACCCACGCAUUCACAAAAGACUGUACAUCAGUUACAGAGAUCUUACCGAUGCUGAAAAGGAAAUAUUUGUUGACAUUGCUUGUUUCUUCAUAGGAGAACACAAAACUUUGCCUAUUGUUUUCUGGAAAUCCUUGUAUGAGAUGGUAGACACUGCUGUACUUAACCUUGCAAUGAAGUUACUGAUAAAAAUUGAUGACAAUGGUGUAUUUGAGAUGCAUGACCAUUUGCGAGAUAUGGGGUGGACCAUUGCUAAAACAGAAAAAAAGGGUACCCGGCUAUGGAAUGCUGCCAAUUUAAGCACAAUAUCCAACUACAUCAAUCUUUCUCGCCUUCGGCUCAAUGGAGGCAAUCCACAACAGCUAGGAAUAGAGGGAACCCAACAACGGAAUGCUGCCAAUUUAAGUACUGCAUCUAACAACAUCAAUUUCUCUUGCCCUUGGGUCAACGAAGAAAAUCCACAAACGCUAAAAAGGCUUUACAGACCUUGUCUUCGCUAUCUUCAUUUGCAGGAUCUUCCCAUUGAAGGCAUGGCAGAAGACACACUGGCCACACUACCUCCAAGCUUGAUAUGGUUAAGGUUGAAAAAUUGUAGCAUUGAAAUUGGGAAGCUACAGAAGAUCCUUGCAGCACUAAGGAAGCCAUUUCAGUCUGGAUUUGUGGGUAACAUCGGCCAAUUGAAGAUUGUCCAAGUAGAUGACAAGCAUUUCUUGGACAACCUGUCCGUCUCCUCCUUUUUUACACUUCCAAAUAUACAGCUAGUCCAGCACUUGGAAUUGAACUGGUUUGAAAAUUUAAAGAAGCUCCCUGAUGCAACUGGCAACCUGUUACAGCUACAACACUUGGAAUUGAGAGGGUGUAGAAGCUUAAAAAACUUCCCUGAUGCCAUUGGCAACCUGUCACAGCUACAGCAUUUGAACUUAGAAAGGUGUUGGAGCUUAAAGAAUCUCCCUGAUAGCAUUGGGAGCCUGACACACCUGCAACACUUGAAUUUUGAAGGUUGUAAAAGUUUAAAUAAACUCCCUCAAACCAUUGGCAACCUGUCACGACUCCAAUACUUGAACUUGGAGAAGUGUUGGAGUUUAAAGAAGCUUCCUUGUACCAUUGGCGACCUAUCAAAGCUGCAACAUUUGAACUUGAGUUGGUGUAUAAGCUUGAAAACAAUUCCUUAUACCAUUGGCAACAUGUCACAGCUUCAACACUUGAGCUUGGAAAGGUGUUGGAGCUUAACUAGCUUACCUUACACCAUUGGCGAUCUGUCCGAGCUGCAGUACUUGAACUUGAGUUCAUGUAUAACACUACAAACCUUCCCUCAUACUAUCGGGAAUCUGUCACAGUUGCAGCGCUUAAACUUCUACAAUUGUAAAAGGUUAAAUAGCAUUCCUGAUACCAUUGGCAACCUGUCACAGCUGCAGUACUUGAAAUGGAAGAAUGGAAGGAUUUGGAAGUACCGUAACACUAAUUGA